GUGACCGAUAUACGUGAUAUUAAAAUUGGACGAUUUAUGUUAGCAGCGAAUAAUCAUUUACCAUCAUUGAAUAUUAAUUUACCGAAAGCGUUAGCAUUGGCGGAUAAUAUUUUACAAAUUGAAAAAGAAAUUUCUAAUAUAAACACAUAAACAUCUUCCAAAAUGCAACAACCGUUAACAGAUACUAAAUUAAAAAUAAUUCCAUCAGAAUCGAUAAUUAUUGCAAUCAAUUCAAUAGAUCAACCAGAACAGUUAACCCUCAAUCUACGUAAAUUCCAUAAGAAAUUUAAAAACAAUCAAAAAAAUGCAAAAAUUUUCGAAUCAAGCCAAACAUUUCUUACAACUCCAAAACAAAUGGAUUUAAUUGAAUCAUUACGUACCAAAACUGACGUCAUAACUGGACCAACGCAUUUAUUUAACAUGAAAUUAGAUGAAAAUAUUCCAAGCAAAGCAUAUUUGGAAAUUGAGGAUUUAAAAUGCUUAAAAGAAAAUUUAUCCUCUGAUGGAAGUAAACCUUUGUAUGAAUUACUAAAAGAUUGCACGAUUUACGUGCCGCAAAAUGAAGUAAUACCACGUAACGAACAGCUAGAAGAACGAUGCGUUAAAUUACGGGCACGCCAGAAAAAUUUAGAAUAUCGUGCCAUGACAAAAAAUGUAGAUAACUUCCGAUCUCGUUUACCCGAAGAUACAAUCGCAUUUCAAGUCAAAGAAAUCAAUAAGCAGUUAAUUGCUGUGGCACAAUUUAUCAUGUCAGUGUUGGCCGGUUUUGCAUUUGGAUUUUUGGGUGUGGAAUUAGCGGUUGGAAGCUUAGAUUUUGGAUUCCGUUUGUUGUUAGGUAUUAUAUGUGCGUUAAUUAUUGCUCUAGCUGAAAUUUACUUUUUGGCAAAGAAACUAAAUGAGUAUAAUGAUUUUUUGGAUCGAUCCAAAACCGAUGAGGGUAUUAUAGAUCCAAUUAAUCUAAAUAUAAAUCGUAAAGUUGUUAAACCGCAUGCAGAUUAAACAAAGAGGGUAUAUUAAAUUAGCACGUUAUUUUUAAAUAUUUAUUUUAUAUCUGAAAAGUUCAUUG